AUGAAAAUUUUAUCUUUAAUCGUGUUACCGUUGAUGGCAAUUCAUUCCACUUCAGGACAGGAAGAUAUAUGGCUACUUUUAUGUUUACUGAGAAAUUGUUAUCAAACACCAACCCAGCAAACCAGUUACCCAUCGACAUAUUCAUAUAAUGAAGCUUUCAGACCUCAGCAGCAACAAUAUCAACAAUAUACCAGCACACAACAGCAACCAUACCAACAACCUACGGCCACACAACAGGAACUCGACACCAUCCAACCACAAGAACCUAACAUCAUCCAACCACAACAAGAACCUAACAUCAUCCAACCACAAGAACCUAACAUCAUCCAACCACAAGAACCUAGCAUCAUACAACCACAAGAACCUAACACCAUACUGACGGACACAGCGCAAAGGCAGGCUAUAAUUGCACAAGCGAUUGAGAGCCUAAAACAAACCAACACUAUAGAAAAUCAGCAACAAUCGAGCAACUUAUUACAGCAGCCUGACGCCACACAACUACUAACCACAAACGAACCACAACAACUUAGUAAUUUACUACAACAGCCUGAUACCACACAACAACUAGCUACAAACGAACAACAACAACUUAGUAAUUUACUACAACAGCCUGACGCCACACAGCAACUAACUACAACCGAACAACAACAACUUAGUAAUUUACUACAGCAGCCUGAUUCAACACAGCAACUAGCUACAACCGAACAACAGCAACUUAGUAAUUUACUACAACAGCCUGAUACCACACAGCAACUAGCUACAACCGAACAACAGCAACUUAGUAAUUUACUACAACAGCCUGAUACCACACAGCAACUAACCACAAACGAACAACAACAACUUAGUAAUUUACUACAACAGCCUGAUACUACACAGCAACUAGCUACAAACGAACAACAGCAACUUAGUAAUUUACUACAGCAGCCUGAUACCACACAGCAACUAACCACAAACGAACAACAGCAACUUAAAGGCUACAAUGGUAACAUUGGUUAUCGAGUUAUGGUCAUUUCUCUGAGCGUAAACGUAAAGGGAAAAUAUAUCUGA